AGGGGAGACCACAUGUCCCUGGUCGGGUCAGGACCUCAGGGGAGACCACAUGUCCCUGGUUGGGUGGAGACCUCAGGGGAGACCACAUGUCCCUGGUUGGGUGGAGACCUCAGGGGAGACCACAUGUCCCUGGUCGGGUCAGGACCUCAGGGGAGACCACGUGUCCGUGGUUGGGUGGAGACCUCAGGGGAGACCACAUGUCCCUGGUCGGGUCAGGACCUCAGGGGAGACCACAUGUCCCUGGUCUGGUCGAGACCUGGUCCUCACCGCCAUCAGCAUGAGGUUUUCUCUACAUGUGUAGAAAGAGUUGUGUGUGUGUGUGUGUGUAACCACUAAAAUCCCUUAAAUAACUAAAUAACUUAGAGGACAUGGUGCGUUCUGUAAGCGAUGGCGAAAUCUGGUCCUGAACCAGCUUCAGCAGCAGAUAAUAGACAGGAAGCGGUCUAAUGAGAACACGAAGAACGGAACCCGUGUCAAGAAUCAGCCACUUCCAGCAGGUCGGCUGCUUCCAGCAGUGAGACGAGGCCUAGCGGGACAGUAACCAUAGCAACCACAGGUGCAUGUGCCCAUCUCCUCCUCCUCCUCUGGAGCCUCGUCUGCAGCUGUUUUAACUCAGUCCGACUCGUCCUUACUAAGUCCAGUAAGUCCCAGGUCCAUGUUCACUCUGUCCGGUUUCUGUCUGCUGCAGAUGUUUCCUGAUGUUUUACUGAGCUAAAGCUGCACUAAAUGAACCAAACCUGUGCAGGUUAGCAGCUUACGGAGCGUUCCUCCACGUUCCUCUGGCUGGGAUGUGGGAGGUUACGGAGCGUUCCUCCACGUUCCUCUGGCUGGGAUGUGGGAGGUUACGGAGCGUUCCUCCACGUUUCUCUGGCUGGGAUGUGGGAGGUUACGGAGCGUUCCUCCACGUUCCUCUGGCUGGGAUGUGGGAGGUUACGGAGCGUUCCUCCACGUUCCUCUGGCUGGGAUGUGGGAGGUUACGGAGCGUUCCUCCACGUUUCUCUGGCUGGGAUGUGGAAGGUUACGGAGCGUUCCUCCACGUUCCUCUGGCUGGGAUGUGGGAGGUUACGGAGCGUUCCUCCACGUUCCUCUGGCUGGGAUGUGGGAGGUUACGGAGCGUUCCUCCACGUUCCUCUGGCUGGGAUGUGGGAGGUUACGGAGCGUUCCUCCACGUUCCUCUGGCUGGGAUGUGGGAGGUUACGGAGCGUUCCUCCACGUUCCUCUGGCUGGGAUGUGGGAGGUUACGGAGCGUUCCUCCACGUUUCUCUGGCUGGGAUGUGGAAGGUUACGGAGCGUUCCUCCACGUUCCUCUGGCUGGGAUGUGGGAGGUUACGGAGCGUUCCUCCACGUUUCUCUGGCUGGGAUGUGGAAGGUUACGGAGCGUUCCUCCACGUUCCUCUGGCUGGGAUGUGGGAGGUUACGGAGCGUUCCUCCACGUUCCUCUGGCUGGGAUGUGGAAGGUUACGGAGCGUUCCUCCACGUUCCUCUGGCUGGGAUGUGGGAGGUUACGGAGCGUUCCUCCACGUUCCUCUGGCUGGGAUGUGGAAGGUUACGGAGCGUUCCUCCACGUUCCUCUGGCUGGGAUGUGGGAGGUUACGGAGCGUUCCUCCACGUUCCUCUGGCUGGGAUGUGGGAGGUUACGGAGCGUUCCUCCACGUUCCUCUGGCUGGGAUGUGGGAGGUUACGGAGCGUUCCUCCACGUUCCUCUGGCUGGGAUGUGGAAGGUUACGGAGCGUUCCUCCACGUUCCUCUGGCUGGGAUGUGGAAGGUUAUGGAGCGGCCUGAGCCUGAUCUGAUCCCUGUGGGUCUGUUUGGGGUUUUAUGAACUGACACUCUGUCAAUGACCUGCCUGGUGGCAAAAGUUCUUUUUUGUAAUAGAGGAAAAAACUUUUUAAAAUUGUAUUCGGCUAAUCUGCAUCGACAUGGGUGAAUUAUUAAACUGGAAUUUGAAUGAAUGAAUGCAACAAAUUUUUUUCCAGUACAAACCCGUCCAAGAGUAAACAACAACAUAUAAACAAACAGGAUCAGGCAGACUGAGGCAGCAGCCGUGCAGCGCGCCAUCUUCACAGAUGGAAAAGACAACAUGAGGGAGAGUAACGGUGAGGCCAGAAAAAAAAGGCGUCUACAUUGGGCCUGACGGGCCAAAGCAGUGAAGUCAUGGGGAGGUGUGUCUGUAAUAGAUGAUAGAUAAUAUAAUAUUCAGGAUAGAGCUGUUUCAUCUGCCUUGAGUCUCUCAGUGGUCUAACUGGCUACUUCAAUUCAUCCGAAUCUGGGUCGGUUUCCAUCCAGCCGAGCCGACAACUUCUCCAAGUUGGUGUCCACCACGCGUACGAGCUCCGGAAUCGCAGCCAGCUUGCUGUUCUGGGCUAGAAGAGCCUCCAGUUUACAAUUAAGCUCCUGCAACGUCAUAGUCUGUUCACAGCUCGACACACACCGGCACAGAAAUCCAGCAGCUUGCCAGUGGCUGCCGACAGUGUCCGAAUUUUACGAUACACCAGGAAACCGCCCGCUCCAAACAGCAGAAACCCAGUUAUCAUGAAUCCAAAUGUAUAGAUGUCCUCUGUGUCCUCAACAGAAAGAAUGGACAGACACAUGACCGUCCACACCCCCAGGAAUCUGUCACCUAUCCAGCCGAAAACGUUCCGUCAGGACAAACAGGCUCCCCUACUCCUGUUUUUUGGUUAGAAUAAAUUUGGUCAAUUGCAUUGAGAGACCAUCUGAUCAGAUCCAUGGUUCAAGAUGGUUCAGAUUUAGAACAGACAUGCAGAGAGAGGCUCAGAUAAGACAGGACAAGUAGCAGGGCAGAGUGGGGGGGGGGACAAGUGUCACCCCUGUGUGCGCCCAUGCUGCCUGUCUGUACUGCAGCCCUUCAUAUUCUCGCAUUUUGGUACGAAAUGGAACGAAAGCUCUUCUUUGACACAUCUGUAUAAAUAUGUCCUCAUGCUUUGUUUACCCUUGUUAUAGAUGAGUUUCGAGUCAUAUCCAUCGUUCAGGAUGAGCGGGAUUUGCUGUUAGAUCACCUUGGAUUGGCCGGGUUUUUCCUUCCUUCUACACUUCAUGAAAUACCAAGUUCUUGAUGGCGAGCUGAAGCCCAGGAAGACAAGAUUCAUCCGACGUUCCGCCACCAGUGUGGUAGGAGACAAACGACGUAGCCCAUCCCCCACUGCGCUCAUUCAACUUCAUUUAAAAACUUCGGUGCUCACAACAAACUGGACUUAUAGAUUUUUUUGUUUGGUUCCCAACCAGAAAUCUUCAUUUCCCAUUUAUUCAUCCUCUGGGAAACGAGGAAAAAACUGCUGAAUUCUGGGAAGAGGUUUGGGAUCAAACUGGAUUAUGUGGAAUAUGUAUCUGCAUUGUUUUUGUUUUACCAAGUUUUUUUUGCACUGUUGCAUUAUUGUAUAAAGUGUCAAUGGUCAUGACCAAUUUCAUUGUAAAUAUUUUGCACUUUAAUUACUAUUAAUAAUAAUAAGGCAUCCAUAUAAAGCUUUUGCUGUCUGGUG